UACAAGAGGAGAAGAUUUCAACUGCUGGUUGUGUGCUCACACUGAGAAAAUAUACGGUUUUAAAGAUGGCUGAGAAAACUGACAGCAUCAUGACCUCCUACACAGAAAAACUCACAAUGGGAAUCUGUAAGAUCCUGGAGUCUUCUCCUGGAGUCACUGAUGUUAUGUUCGAGGAGAAGCGACCAGCAGAACGUCAUAUGAUUGUCAACUGGGAACAGAAAAACGGAUGCACACUGCCAGACGAUUUAAAAAACUUUUAUUUGAUGACAGAUGGGUUUCAGAUGUCAUGGAAUGUGAAACUAAAUGAUGCUCCCAUCCAGGUGGGCUCUAUAGUAAUCAACAGCAUUUCCAGUCUGAGUCGACAGGGGGGGUCCCACACUUACAGUCUGCCAAACGCUCCAUCUCUCGCUGACCUGGACCAAGAUACAGAUGAAGGUAGCAAAACUAAAAGCUAUCAGCCUCACUUUGAUUCACGGAAUGCAAUCUUUGAGCUGGAUCCAUGUAAUGGAAAUGGGAAAGUCUGUCUGGUUUACAAAAUAUCUAAACCAGGAGAAGUCAUGCGUGAUCCAGAUAUCUGGUUCCUAGACCGUGCUUUGUACUGGCAUUUUAUUACACACACCUUCAUUGCAUAUUAUCGGCUCCUCCUCUGUCACCUGGGACUCCCACAGUGGCAUUACGUUUUCACCAGCUACGGCCUCAGCCCGCAAGCCAAGCAAUGGAUGAACAUGUACAAACCCAUCACAUUUAACACGGCAUCGCUCUCAGAGGAAGUGGAUUCGUAUGUCAACAAGCUGGACCCAAACAAGAUUUUUAAAAGCAAAAACAAGACUCCAUUAACCAAGAAGAAACUUCCCCCUCCACCUGCUGGAACCCAGAAAGUGAACCCCGCUUCUGCUAAGCACCCCUCUCAUACAGGAAUCACUACACGCAAGUGAAAGGGGUCUAAACUAAAAAGUGUGAUAUUUGCAGUCGCCCAUUCCACAAGCAUAUCACACACCACUUUCAAGAUCCUUUUAUAAACAUGUAUAUACAGCUGUACAGUUAUUUAUUUCUAUAGUUAUUUAUCU